AUUUAAUUCAAGCAGCCAUACUUGGUUUCACAAUUCGUCACUGUCAGUCAACUAUGUAGGGCUCUGUAAAUCCAUAAAUUUGAGUAGCUACAAAAGCAUGGUCCCAAUGCAACUAGGAAACGUUAUUUUAGAUGGUGAUGUACGUAGGCAACUUUACACGGCAAAAGCUCUAUGGUGCGGAAGUAGGUAAUUCUAAUCCAAAUCGAUCUCUAUUGUCUCAAGAUUGAUAAUGACACUCGAUCAAAGGUCGUCGACAAUGUCAAUUUACUGUUAUUGCUUUUCAAACUCUCUCCCCUUUUGCAAAAUUCUUAAAGGGUUUUUCCUGUUCAUUUGACCAGGUGUAUGAAAACGGGUGCUUUGGGACGCCCCAUACAUGUUCGAUGAAAUGCGCAACAGAAAUCUUGUUGUGAAAGUCGGUCAAGUGGACAGUAACAGGAGUAGAAACAUGAAUGCUUUAUGUACCCCACCAUACUUUGUCAUUUACGAGCUUCCAAAAACGGUCAACAAUUGGUUCAUUUCAAUAAUUGUUCACAUCGGUAAACAUCUACCAACUACGACGAAUCCAUCCACAUCCGAAUCCCGAAUCAUUUGCUUGCACAUCGAUUAAACAAAGCAACAAACCAUGCUUCGAAGUCAAAGAUUGUGGGUGGAAUUCUGUUCCUAACGAGCUAUGUUUUAGUUUGCCAUAUCGUCGUCUCCAAUCUGAGUUGUUCAAAACACAACUACUUCUCCAUCAACAUUAAAACAUCAAUGUCAAGCAUCAUCGAGCGAUUUCUCUUAUGUUUCGUGAUUUUCUACCUUCGCAAGUCUUACGCAGUCGACACCAUGACUGUAGCUGAAUCUCUCACAGACGGAGAUACAUUAACUUCAGGUGAAGGAAUCUUCAAAAUGGGAUUUUUCAGUCCAGGUAAUUCUACAAAUCGGUAUGUAGGCAUAUGGUAUACAAACGCUUCUGUUCUCACAGUCGUUUGGGUUGCAAACAGACAAUUUCCCCUCACUAGAAAUUCAGGUGUCCUUCAACUCGUUCGUAAUCAUAAUCUCAUAAUCCUAGACAGCAUUCAAUCGAAUAACACAAUAUGGCUGUCUUCUUCUUCUUCUUCUUCUUCUUCACGUAUAUCGAAAAAACCUGCAUUGAAUCCAGUUUUACAGCUAUUAGACUCAGGAAAUCUCGUUAUAAGAGACGAAAACGACAACAAUCCUGAAAAUUUCCAUUGGCAAAGCUUCGAUCAUCCUGUCGACACUCUUCUACCUGGCAUGAAGCUCGGAAGAAACUUCAAGACAGGUUUAGAGACAUAUCUAUCAUCAUGGAAAACAUCAGAUGAUCCAUCACCAGGUGAUUAUACAUACCGAUUUGAUCACACAGGGUACCCACAAUUAAUCAUGAGAAAGAAAUCGGUUAUCUCUUUUAGAUUAGGCUCAUGGAAUGGUCUAGGGUUUAGUGGAAUCCCAAUUUCAAAACCUGCAAUUAACGCAAGCUACAAAAUCGACUUAAUUGUGAAUGAGAAUGAAGUUUCCUAUACUUAUAAUAUCGUUAACAAAUCAUCGACAUUCUCAAAGCUUUCAAUCACACCUAGUGGAAUCGCACAACGGAUAUCAUUUGUGAAACAAACAAAAAGUUGGAGAGUUCUUUUUACUGCUCCUGCUGAUCAUUGUGAUGAGUAUUCAAGAUGUGGUGCUUAUAGUACUUGUAGUCUUUUAUGUCAGUGUUUGGACAAAUUUACCCCUAGAAACCAAAAGGAAUGGGAGGUGAACGAUGGGUCUAGUGGGUGUGUAAGGGUAAAAGAUUUGGAAUGUAAAAGUGAUGGGUUUAGAAAAUAUUCUGGGCUUAAAUUGCCAGAUACACGGUUUUCUUGGUUUGAUAAGAACAUGAAUUUGGAAGAAUGUGAAAUGAAAUGUUUAAAAAAUUGUUCAUGUAUGGCGUAUGCGAGAUUAAAUAUAUUGGAAGGAAGUGGGUGUUUGAUUUGGUUUGGUGAUUUAGUUGACAUGAAAGAUUUAUCUGUUAAUGUUCAAGAUAUAUAUGUGAGGAUGGCUUCUUCUGAUUCGGAUCAUACAGUUUUGAAAUCAUCUGAUGAUAAGAAGAAAAAAGUGAUGAUUAAAGUUUUAUUGCCGUUAGUUUUUGGGACUUUAAUUAUGGUAAUGAGCUUGAUGGUGUGUUAUUUGAGGAAGAAAAAGAGAGCACAUAUGAAUAUGGAAGGGAGAUUGAGAAACAUAAAUGAGACGCGAAAUGAAGAUAUGGAGUUACAAUUGUUUGCUUUACAAAGCGUAAUAAAAGCUACAAAAAACUUCUCGUUGAGUUGUAAGCUUGGAGAAGGUGGAUUUGGUCCCGUUUACAAGGGGAUCUUAGAUGAGGGGCAAGAAGUGGCUGUGAAGCGACUCUCGAAAACAUCAACACAAGGUUUAGAAGAAUUCAAGAACGAAGUUAUUUGUAUAGCAAAACUCCAACAUAGAAAUCUUGUAAAACUUAUCGGAUAUUGCAUGGAAGAUGAUGAAAUGAUGUUGAUAUAUGAAUACAUGCCCAACAAUAGUCUAGACUCGAUUAUAUUUGAUGAAAAACGAAGGAAAUUACUAGACUGGCCUACACGUUACCACAUUAUUAACGGGAUUGCUCGUGGACUUCUUUACCUUCAUCAAGAUUCAAGAUUGAGGAUUAUUCAUAGAGAUUUAAAAGCUAGUAAUGUCCUGUUGGAUUCUGAUAUGAACCCUAAAAUAUCGGAUUUUGGAUUGGCGAGAAGAUUUGGUGGAAAUGAGAUGGGAUCUAAUACAAGAAUGGUGGUGGGAACAUAUGGUUAUAUGUCUCCCGAGUAUGCUGUUCAUGGGCUUUUCUCGGUGAAAUCAGAUGUUUUUAGUUUUGGAGUUUUACUAUUGGAAAUCGUGAGUGGCAAGAAAAACAGAGGCUUCUUUCAACAGGACCACAGUGAUAAUCUUCUUGGACAUGCAUGGAGGCUGUAUAAAGAAGAUCGAUCCAUGGAACUAAUCGAUGAAGCAUUACUCGAAUCAUUCUCUGUUUCAGAAGCGAUGAGGUCAAUUCAGGUAGGUCUGCUAUGCGUCCAACACUCUCCCGGCGACCGGCCAAAUAUGUCAUCGGUGGUUGUAAUGUUGGCCGGAGAAGGUUCGUUGCCGGAACCUAAACAACCUGGUUUUUUCACCGAAGACAAUAUUCUUCAAGCUCAAUGUUCAGCUACACAGUUUUCGGUAAACGAAGUCACCAUUACACUUUUAGAUGGUCGAUAGUAUGAAUAAUCGUAUCAUAUUUUGUUAACAAUUUGUAAUAGAUGAUUCUAGAAUUUCGAUUAUGGAAGAAUUAUUGAUUUUGUACAUUUAUCAAGGAAAAGAUGAUGAUAGUAAAUUACAUUUGAUCGAAUUCAUGUUCAAGAGCUUCUUCUAACAAAAAUUGGGACUGCUCCAUCAAAUCAGGGCUUAAUCUGAACAUCAGAACACAAAAUUCCAUCUGAUUGAGCGCUCCAUCUCCAUCAAAAUCGCCUUCCUUCAACAUACUCCGCAGAUCAUCAUCGCUCAUAUCUUCAAGACCUAAAAGCGAAGAGUUGUUCUUCAGACUGUCGAAGGUGAUGACACCCUUAUCGGCGUCCAUCAAUAACUGAAAUCCGUUGCAUAACUCUCCGAUCAGACCUUCGCCGCCUAACUUAUCCGCCAUUAAAGGUAAGAAAUCCUGAAACUCCGAUUGAUUCUUUGACGCCAUUGAUGAUAUUAUUGAAGAAGAUCGAGAAGGGGUUUUGGAUGCGUGAUAGUGUGUUGAAUACUUGAAUGUGUGGUUGUGGAUUAUAUAUAUAAUAGCCAUUGGAGGACAACUGGAAUACAGCUAUGGUAGCUGCCGGCUUUAUUACCUCCCGGGUACGGCGAAGGUGUGUAUGUGUCAGUAUGUGUGAGUCGAGUAGGGGAUUGAAAAGUUGUCGUUUUGCUUCAGAAGGUCAUGGGAUGCUUCGUGCUAGGGACAACUUCCAAUUUAAUAGGACAAAUUAUAUCGACAUAAAAAGUACAUUAUAUUAGUUUUUAAUUUUUAAUUUUAUAUUUAUAAAGCAUAUCUACAACUUGUUGGAGAGAAGGAUUGCUUGUUUUUAAGUGUUGAUGAGAUAACUAGAUUCAUAUCCUCAAAUCGGUUGUAGAAUUUGAUUCUAAUAUGAUCUCUUUAAUUAUUGUUUUGUG